UUGUACCUGACCACUACACCAGGUGAAAUACAAACUGUGGCUUAGUUUCUGCAUGAUAUCUACAUCUCACCACCCCUCAUCUUCUUGAAUCUUAUUCUGAAAGCUCGUACAGCAUUACAAUUCACUAAAGUACUCCUGGAUGCACAAAAAGCAGGUGCAUUUGGCUCUUUAUAUCUGAAAAAAUACGUGUAGCUAUCUGUCGAAAGAAGGAUGUUAACGCAGCCAUACAGACUGACAAGAUAUCUGCAGACAAGCAAAACCAAUCCUUCCUGGAAGUCCCUCUUCUUGUUUUAUCUCUAUAUGAAUCUUGUGUGUUGUGGAUCCUGAUUCAUUUCUCCCUACUUUCUACAUAUACAUCUUUAUAGCUUUUAUUCUCUUAUAAUAUUUGACUUAAGAAGAAAAAAUAAAUUCAUUAUGGAUAAUCUUGCCUCCUUUACACCUAAAACUACCACCAUGUUUGGAUCGACAAAAGAAAGUUCUCUAACUGCUAUGGAUGACUCAUCAUACGACUUGUCAUUUUCAAACCCUUCAGAUUCGUCAUCAUCAUACCGUAAUUCCUCAGAGACAUACCUGAGUUGUUUGUACCCAAACCUUUCUCAAAGGAAUUUUGAAGAAGAAACAGAUGUGAAACCUUUUGGGACACCCUCUUAUGCGUACCCAUCGACAGACACAUUCUUUGAUGACCAAACACCUCAGAAGCGACUCAUUCAGGCAAUUCAUUAUUUAAAAGAGUCCAUAACAGACGUAGAUAUUCUUAUACAACUAUGGCUGCCUGUAGCACGAGGAGGUGAAUGUGUCCUUACCACAGAGGACCAACCUUUUAUCCUUAACUCACGAAGUAAAGGCCUACUCGAUUAUAGAGAGAUUUCCAAGAGCCAACUUUUUGCUACUGAUGAUGAUUCAGAGGCGUUCUUUGGCUUACCUAGCCUUGUUUUCUUGAAGAAGUUUCCCAUGUGUACUCCUCGUGGGAAGGAGGAUAUAAAUCAAAAUGCUCACCAGUUUUGCGGGUUUCUUGAUAUUCCUGUUUUUGAACUAGGGAGUGGAACUUGCUUGGGUGUCAUUGAGAUCGUGACCACAUCUCAGUAUGUCAACUAUCAUGAUCAACUCAACAACAUCUGCACAGCUCUUGAGGCUUUUGAUCUACGGAGUUCUGAGUUCUUGAUUCAUCCUAAGCUAAAGGAUUACAACGGAUCUUAUGAAGUAAUUAUGGCGGAGAUCAGACAAGUAUUGAAAUCUGUAUGCGAGACACAUUGUUUGCCAUUGGCUCAAACAUGGGGCACGUGUGCUCAGCUUGGUAGAGGUGGGUGCCCACAGCAAUCUGCUGCAUGCAUCUCUGUCAUAAGUUCGGCUUCCUAUGUGUUUGAUCCACAUGUUUUAGGGUUCUACGAGGCAUGCUCUCAGCUACACCUGCUUCAGGGAGAAGGUAUUGCUGGUAAAGCACUGGUAACAAACCAACCAUGUUUUGCUACUGACAUCACAGCUUUUUGUAGAGCUGAAUAUCCUCUAGCUGAACAUGCCAAGUUAUUUGGACUUGGGGGUGCGGUAGCAAUACGCCUCCGUAGCACCUACAUGGAGUCUAUUGAUUUCAUUUUGGAAUUCUUCCUUCCUCAUGAUUGCAGAACUGAUGAAGAUCAAAAACAGAUGCUAAGCUCAAUAUCUUAUGUGAUACAACAUGUUUCCAAGAGUUUGCAUGUAAUAAAUGAUGAGGAAUUAGCAGAUGAAGUUAAAGAAACAAGUGAGCCUUCUUGGAUUUCUCACAUGCUGGAAGCCGAACACAGGGGUGAAAGUUUCACUGUUUCCAUGGGGUCUCACAAGGAGGAACCACAAGAAUUCCAAGUGAUAAACCAAUACGACACCUUGGGAUGUGGAAAGCAGAUUCAGCCAGAUACGAGACCAAAACGGAGAAGGCGAUCAUCAGUCACCAGAAGAUCAGAUGAAAAGAAACGAGUGAAGGCAGAAAGAAACAUAACUUUACCAGUUCUUCAGCAAUACUUUCCAGGGAGUCUGAAAGAUGCUGCUAAGAACAUUGGAGUUUGCCCGACAACUUUGAAAAGGAUAUGCAGAGAACAUGGAAUUAUGAGAUGGCCUUCUCGAAAGAUAAAAAAAGUAGGUCAUUCUCUGAAAAAACUCCAGCUGAUUAUUGACUCAGUCCAAGGUGCGGAGGGUACCAUUCAACUUGGAUCAUUUUAUACAAACUUCCCAGAACUAAGCUCUCCCAUCAAAAGUAGUCCUAAACCAACUAAUGACUGUAUCAACCUCUUCAAAUCAGCAUCAUGUUCUUCAUCCCAUGGCAGCCACAAUUCUUGUUCAAGCCUUUGUUGUUCACAAGGAAAUACUUCACAUAUAGGAAAGCCUGGUGGGUUGCUCAAGGAAAAAGCUCAAGAUGAAAGAAAGUCAUUAGUAUGGACUCAGGGAGAUAAUCACCAUCCUCAUAGUGGUUUGAAGAGCAGUCCCAUAUCAAGAAACGAAGGUGCUUUCCGAGUACAAGUUGUUUAUGGUGAACAAAAAAAACGACUGACUAUGUCACAACAUGGGGGUUUUGGAGAUUUGCAAAGAGAGAUAAUGAGGCGAUUUAGCAUACAUGAUAUGAACAGUAUCACUCUUAAGUACUUGGAUGACGACUCUGAAUGGGUAUUAUUGACUUGCGAUGCAGAUCUUGAGGAAUGCAUGGAUAUCAACAUAGCAUCUAAAAGCUGCACAAUUAAACUCUUCCUUCACCCAUCUUUUCAUUUGGAACCAGGAAGUCCUUUUACUAGCAAUGGCUCAUCCUAACGACAACAUAUUUAUAGGCAGUCGUGUGGAAUAACUAUAUAUAUAUAUAUGAUGCGUGUAAAUUUCUAUAUAAAUGUCCAUCCAUAAGGGCAUGGUCGUUGUUAGGUUCUUUCAUUGAUUGAUAACUGUAAGUGUGUAAAUAGCUAAUUACUAUAACAAACAACUAGUUUUCAUGCUUUUGGGAUUA